AUGCGUUUCUCAUUACGCCGAUUAGGUAUGGAAUGGGGUAAAAUCGGUCAUCAACGUGGCAAAGUUGAAUAUACUCUUUCAUCAUAUGAACAAAAUCCCUAUGCUGGUGUUUUUUGUCUCUAUUCUGAUUUUUAUCAACUGACUAAUUCAACAUCCGAUUUCAAAUCACGUUUAAAUGAUGUAUUUGAUAAAUUAACAAGUCUCGAAAAACAACAUGAUAUACAUACGAAAAAUAAUACUCCCAUAUCUGUACUUGAUGAUGAAACACCAUCAUCAUCAUCAUCGUCUUAUCAAAAUCCAAAUAUUCCAAGUCAUGCAAUUAUAUCUAAAAAACGUCCUGCUGAUGAUACAUUUAUUCGUCCAAAAGACAAAUGGAAAAAAUAUGAUUUAGAUGAUGUUAAUGAACAUCAUUUAAGUAAUAUGGGUAAUCGACAUGCAUUAAAUGAUUAUCUUCGUACACGUGUUAAACCUUCAGACACAAAUGAAACUGAAGAAGAAACUCCAUCAAGACCAAUAUUUCAACGUCCAAUAAAAAAACAAAUUCGCACAAAUGAUGACGAUGAAGACAAUAAUGAUGAUCAUUUUAUAUCAGUACGUGUACCAUUACCUUCAAAUACAACGGAAACAAAGACUGAAGAUGAUAAUGAUGAUGAAACAGUUAAAUAUAAAUUAAAAUCUAUUCGUAAACAAGCUCGUGGUGUUUUCAGUACAAAUGAAAAAAAAACAAUUAAA